CACUAACGACCUAGGUACCUAGGAGUAGCCUCCUAACUUCACUUCCAAGGUAGUGACCUCCUAACUGCCUACUUCUGCACAAGCACCGAUACCUGACUCAUUAUCUAAUCAGGUAUGUAUCUACUACUCUUCUUCACCUGCCAUUUCUACUUUCGCAGGCUUUGCAAGCUCUGACACUGAAAGGAACCGAUGUUGAAUUUUAUGGUGUCGUCUCUUCUUGGGUGGAUUGUCGUACUUGAAUAUUAUCGUGCUUCACUCCUCACAUACUUUACUAUUCACGUACUUUACAAUUCAUACCUUACUAUUCACAUACUUUACUACACUUUGCGAUCAUCGCACUUCACCGUUAUCCCUCAGUUACCUAGUCCUCCCUUCAAUCCAAAACAAGCACUUUUAGUUACCUACCUAGUCAGCCACAAGUACCCACCUUGGUGUGAUCCACACUUUGAGCCUCAUCCAAGACUCUACUUCCAACAUCUAUCAAAUACCGACCCACUUAUUACCCUCAACUAACUACUAAUGGAGAUUCAUUUUUGCACUAGGACAGUCAGUAGGAAUCUCCAGAUCUUUUCACUUCACCCUCAUUGAGAAUUCACUCGAGGAAAUCAUUCAAUUCAUCUUGUUCCUUCCCCAUCAACUUAUUCUCAAUCAAGGUCAAUUCAAAGAUUCCUCCUCUUUCACUGGGAAAGUCACCGCAGUGAAUACACAACACACAACACACAACACAACACACAACGUUACAUUCAAGAACGAUAGGAACGCCACAAACAAUUCUCGAGUCCAUCAUUUUAAGUUCUGCAGGCUGUGGAAGAGAUCGCCCUUUAAGCGCAACUUCUUAUCUUUUCUAUUUCUUGGCUUGGGUUCUACGCUACUUGCCACUAGACAUACACUUAAAAAAGGGCAACUUCCUUCUUCACUUAAAUACUCCCAAUUCCUGCAUCUUCCAAUUCCUGCAUAACGACCCCAGCAUCCAAACCAAUCGAAACACCUGAUACAACACAAUUUGAUAAAACUCUCACUUGUUACAAAUCAUUUGAGGAUAGUAUCAAUUCACGAUUCAUUCCUCAAUUCUAUUUCAAAAACUUGAACGCUGGACAAUCGUUAUUCUUAACUUUCUACGUUGAAUUCUUCCUAUUUUUUGCAACACAGAUAAUUUGAAAUUUGGCCUAUCACGUCAUAAAACUUUGACUUUACCAUAGUAUCAUCUCCCCCCUAUCAAGAUGACUUUUACAAGCUUUUACGAGCAACCUCUUCGACAAAUUCUCGCUGAAGUGGUUGAGAUCAAUCGCCGCAACGGGGUCUUUUCUCGUGAUCCUGUUACCUCAGCUGCACCAAAAAGAGCAUUUUCCAAUGCUCCAGCCAAGGUUGCACAGCUUAACACCGAUUCAACUGUUCACAAAGUAGUUGAUUCUCCACUAGCUGGCUUCGAUCACGUGCAGCGCCAAAUCAAGGCCGCUCGCUCUGCUCCUGUCUGGGUUGCACCAGUUGUUAUUGUUUCAGCUGCUCCUUCAGUAGUUGAACCUCGGGAAGCUAUCGCCGACCAAGGAAUUGAAUUGGGCAAUGCCGCUCACUUCCCCCCUCUGCCAACUAGACCAAUCCGAACAGGCUUGGCUACUCCUGUAGUUAGAUCUAAAAGAUCUAGCGUCGAUCGUGGACUUGAACGAAUCAAGGCCGUUCACUCUCCUCCUCCUUUGGUUGCAUCAGCCAAGGCAACUCAAGCUAUUCCUGUGGUCGAACUACAAGCAGCUGCACCAAACAAAGUCGCCCCAAUUGAAUCGGUCAAAUUUGCAAAAGAUGGUAACAUUAAAAUAGGCGCAGAUAAAGGACUCGAUCGAAUCAAGGCCGCUUGCACUUCCUUUGAUGUCCCAGUUCCACCAACUCUAUCUAAUAAAGCCUGCAAAUUCUUCUUGAGUCGCAAUGGAUGCAGAUACGAGGAUAAUUGCCCGUUAUUUCACGACUAUGAUGCUCUCAAUAAGCGUAGAGAACAAUGGGUCGCCAAUGAUGCGAAGAAGCUCGAGCAAGUUCGCUCUGACAAACAGCCUGGAUAUACCCAGAAGGCUCUUGCCCUCCAGAGCAACAAUGCCAGAGUUUCAAUGGUUGUUACUGCCUCUUCAAAAUCUUUUUUAAAAGAGACGGUGAAAAAAAGAUCAGCUUGUAAUGAUUAUCGGUCUUCUCGUGGUUGUCAUAGGAAGCAUUGCCUGUUUUCACACGAAAGUCUCCCUUCACAGGAGCCAGAAAAGCUCAUCGACGAUACCAUUCCUGGUGAAGUUCAAAUUCCCAAGUUUCCCAGGACCAUGAUACGCAAACGCAACGCCAGUAAGGCUUCUAAAGCCUACAAAGCCCCUGUGGUCAAGUUUACUGAGCCUGAGCCAGAGCCAGAGCCAGAGGCGACACUCCCAGGUCUCGAAUCUAUUGUAUGGGCAAACAAUCCUCAUUUGGGUGAUGAAAAGUACUGCGACAGUGCUAUCUGGAAAAUUUUCGGUAAACCCUGUCCAGCAAAGGAGGAAGCUAUCGAAUGGUUUCAGGAGAUGCAUUCAAAUGGUAACCUUAAGCAUUUCACCUUUGGUGAUAUCAUUAGAUGGGCACGUUCCAUGUGUAUUUCAGACAGGGAUGAGUUCCUGACCCAUAUAGGGUACAUGCCAGGCAUUUUGGAAAGUUUUGAACCUAGAGUACAACUCUAUAUCGAAAGACUUAGAGCCAAAUAUGAUGCAGAGAAAGCUAGACCAAAAUAUGACACCUUUCAUUGUUUCGACAAGCUUCCUAAUGAGUUAUGUAUGAAGAUCUGGGGCUUCGCAGCCCGGGCAGGGAGAACUCUUACUGCCAGUAUUAACAAGAAGCAAAUUUAUACUUCAGAUGGUCCUGGCUUAUUCAUACGUCAUUUAGGAUCCGGAGGUUCGCCAUUGUGGUACGUCAACAAACAAUCGCAAAAAGCAUCAAUGAUGGAUAAACAUUGUGGAUAUUAUUUUGGCUGCGAUUAUUUCUCUCCAAGUUUCGAUACCUUGUUUCUCAAUGAUUCCGCUGAAUCGCUUAAUUCUUUCACCAGUCAGAUUGUCCUCUGGAGAGGGAAUGUUGUCCAAAGAUUGUCAUUUCCUCAUUACCAACUUUGCAACGUUACCUGCCUGCGUAGGUUUGCUGCCGAUCUCCUUAAAGCUUUCCCGGGUCUAAUUCGCAUUGAAUUUUGGCUCUCGGAUGGGGAAUACUAUUCCAAGUACCUCAAAAAAUCUGCCAGUAUUAUCGAAAAGGCUAAUGCAGCAAUUGUUCAAGCCUAUGGAGUUCGCGUUGGUGUUAAACCACCACGCGUUCGUUUUGUCAUGGUACCAGAAAAACGUGCAUUGGAGAUUGGAAUCGGUGGUGGAUUGUGGUAGAUGGCGGAGGUAUUUUUUGAGCAUGGUUUGGUAUGUUCUUUGGGGGUGUUUUUUAGAUUCUGGAUGUGCUCUACAGUGCUUUCGGUCCUAAUUUUCCCCUACUCAGCGUGGCUUUUGGUAUGCUCUGGUAUGAUCAUUAAAGGAUUUGAGAUGAAUUUGACGGAUUUUGAGGCGAAAUUGAUUUGGACAUAUGGAAUGAGGGGGUUUGAACUUUAACUUUAAGAAAUUGUAUACGUUUGAAGUAGGAGUAUUAAAUCUGUGAUUGAGAAGAAGAUGGAUUAAGUGGUGUGAAAUGAUGAGAGUAGUGACGAUUAAAUAAAUAGAAGAUGAAAUGUUAUAAAUUGAAUUUAAAUAAAAGAAUAAAAUUGUUGAAAUAACAG